AUGUCUACCGACAAGAUUACUUUCCUGACCAACUGGCACGCCACCCCGUACCACGCCCCCCUCUAUCUCGCCCAGAGCAGAGGCUACUUCAAGGAUGAAGGUCUGAAGGUUGCUCUGCUCGAGCCCAACGACCCUUCCGAUGUUACCGAGAUCAUCGGUAGCGGAAAGGUCGACAUGGGUUUCAAGGCCAUGAUCCACACCUUGGCGGCCAAGGCCCGUGACUUCCCCGUCACCUCCAUCGGCUCCCUGCUCGAUGAGCCUUUCACCGGUGUGGUGUACCUCAAGUCUAGCGGUAUCACCGAGGACUUCCGCUCUCUGAAGGGCAAGAAGAUCGGAUACGUCGGCGAAUUCGGCAAGAUUCAAAUCGACGAGCUCACCAAGUACUACGGCAUGACCACAGACGACUACACAGCCGUCCGCUGCGGCAUGAACGUCACCAAAGCCAUCAUCCAAGGCGACAUCGACGCCGGAAUCGGUCUCGAGAACGUCCAGAUGGUCGAGCUUGAAGAGUGGCUCGCCGAGCAGAACCGUCCCCGCGACGACGUCCAGAUGCUUCGCAUCGACCAGCUCGCCGAGCUCGGCUGCUGCUGCUUCUGCUCAAUCCUGUACAUCGCGAACGACGCCUUCAUUGCCGCUAACCCGGAGAAGGUGAAGGCGUUCAUGCGCGCCGUGAAGCGUGGUACCGAUGCCGUGCUCGCCGACCCCGCUACCGCUUACAAGGAAUACAUUGACGUCAAGCCUAUUAUGGCUACGCCUGUUAACCGCAAGAUCUUUGAGCGCUCGUUCGCUUACUUCUCGCAUGACUUGAAGAAUGUUCAGCGUGAUUGGACUAAGGUUACCAACUAUGGAAAGCGUUUGGGUAUUCUUGAUGAGUCUUUCGUCUCGAACUACACUAAUGAGUUCUUGGGUUGGUCUCUUGAUGCUGAUUCCACUGAUCCUACUGGUGAUCAGAAGCGUAUGGCUGCGCUUCAGAAGCAGGUCGCUGCUGAUGGUGGCUACAAGCGUCUUGAGGUUGCUUCUGCUUAG